AUUUGUCACUACCGGAACGGUAAAGUUGUCUCUUGUCCCAAGAAGAUGAUUUUCUAUUAGGAUAUUUAGGACAACACUUGGGAUAUAUUUUGUGUUUGGAUGAGUAUUAGGAGUUCUUCUUUUUAGAUUGCAUGUUUUUCUGGUGAUUUCAUUGAAGUAGUGUGCUAAUUUCACCCGGAACUAACAUCAGAGUGACCAAAAUGGCGGACCAAGAUUUUGGAAACCUUUCCGCUCAGGAGCUGCGAUACCUGGCGAUUGACAGAAGUGUUGUUAAUAAUCCUGCAUUGCAGGCAGAAUGGGCUGCCAAAAAAUUAAUAUGGAUUCCCGACGAAACCCAUGGAUUUGUAGGUGCCAGUGUAAAAGGCGACAGAGGCGAUCAAUUGGAAGUUGUUAUAGACGAAACUGGCAAAAAGGUGUUGAUCCACCGUGAUGAUGUGCAAAAAAUGAACCCUCCAAAAUUUAAUAAAGUUGAGGACAUGGCAGAACUGACGUGCCUAAAUGAAGCCUCUGUUCUUCACAACUUAAAAGACAGAUAUUACUCGGGCUUAAUAUAUACAUAUUCUGGUUUAUUUUGUGUGGUUGUGAAUCCAUACAAGAAGCUUCCCAUCUAUACAGAAAAGGUUGUCGAACUGUACAAGGGCAAGAAGCGACAUGAAGUUCCACCACAUGUGUAUGCCAUUACUGAUUCAGCCUACAGGUGUAUGCUUCAAGACCGAGAAGAUCAGUCGAUCCUUUGCACAGGAGAAUCUGGUGCUGGUAAAACGGAAAACACCAAAAAGGUCAUCCAGUAUUUGGCAUACGUUGCUGCAUCAUCAAAGAGUCAGCGAACCUCUGUCUCCAACAUUCACGUCCAGGUUUCCCAGUCGCCACAGAUUUGUGGUGAACUUGAAAACCAACUUCUGAAAGCCAACCCCAUUUUGGAGGCAUUUGGUAAUGCCAAGACCAUCAAGAAUGACAACUCUUCUCGAUUUGGAAAAUUCAUUCGAAUUAAUUUCGACUCUUCUGGAUACAUAUCUGGUGCCAAUAUUGAGACUUAUCUUCUGGAAAAAUCCCGAGCAGUGCGACAGACAGAUCAGGAGCGAUCCUUCCACAUCUUCUACCAGUUUCUGCAAGGAGCUACAGCUACGCAAAGAAAGGAGUUCUUGCUGGAUGAUGCGCGGAACUACUCUUACUUGUCGCAUGGCUACGUGGUUGUGCCUGGCCUGGACGACCUUGGGGAGUAUAAAUCCACCAUCGAGGCCAUGACCAUCAUGGGGUUGACAGCUGAAGAUCAGUCAGCCAUCUUUCGAUUGAUUUCUGCUGUUUUGCUGAUGGGAAACAUGUUGUUCAAGGCAGAAAGGAACAGUGACCAAGCUUGCCUGCCCGACAACACUGUUGCUCAGAAAGCAUGCCAUCUUCUUGGAUUGCACGUUACAGCCAUAACACAAGCAUUCCUGAAACCGAAGAUCAAGGUUGGCCGAGAUUAUGUCACAAAGGCUCAAAGUAAAGAACAGGUUGAGUAUGCAGUUGAAGCUAUGUCUAAAGCUCUGUACGAACGCAUGUUCAAGUGGAUUGUUGCAAGAAUCAACAAAUCUCUGGAUAGGACCAAGCGUCAGGGUGCCAGUUUCAUCGGAAUACUGGACAUUGCAGGUUUUGAAAUCUUCAAGAUGAACUCGUUUGAGCAGCUUUGCAUCAACUACACCAAUGAGAAACUGCAGCAGUUGUUCAACCACACCAUGUUUAUCCUGGAGCAGGAAGAGUACCAGCGGGAAGGAAUCGAGUGGAAGUUCAUCGACUUCGGCUUGGAUCUUCAGCCAACCAUUGACCUGCUCGAAAAGCCUAUGGGAAUUUUGGCCUUGCUGGAUGAAGAGUGUUGGUUUCCAAAAGCUACUGACAAAACAUUUGUGGAGAAGAUUUAUGCAUCACAUGCCCAACACCCAAAGUUCAGAAAAGCAGAUUUCCGAGAUAAUGCAGAUUUCAGUCUCGUCCAUUAUGCUGGCAGGGUGAACUACAAGGCUGAGAAGUGGCUGUUGAAGAACAUGGACCCGCUGAAUGAGAAUGUCGUGUCACUUAUGCAGCAGUCGUCCGAUCCAUUCAUUGUGCAAAUCUGGAAGGAUGCCGAGAUUGUUGGCAUGGGUGCUGCUGCCGCUGUGGAUACAAUGUUCGGAUCUCGAACAAGAAAAGGAAUGUUCCGAACUGUGGGUCAGCUGUACAAGGAACAACUUGCCAAACUGAUGGCAACGCUGAGAAACACAAACCCCAAUUUUGUCCGAUGUAUCAUUCCAAAUCACGAGAAGAAGGCUGGCAAGAUCGAUUCGCCCCUUGUUCUCGACCAGCUGAGGUGCAACGGUGUUCUUGAAGGAAUCCGUAUUUGCCGACAAGGUUUCCCCAACAGGAUCCUCUUCCAAGAGUUCAGACAGCGGUAUGAAAUUCUCACCCCCAAUGCUGUCCCACGAGGUUUCAUGGAUGGAAGGAAAGCAGCUGAAAAAAUGAUACAAGCUCUGGAGCUGGAUACCAACCUGUACCGUGUUGGUCAGAGCAAGAUCUUCUUCCGUGCUGGGGUUCUGGCUCACCUGGAGGAGGAGAGGGACCUCAAGCUGACAGACAUCAUCAUUCAGUUCCAGGCUCUGGCCAGAGGCCUCCUGGCUCGAAGGAACUAUGUGAAGCGUCUACAACAGAUCAAUGCUAUCCGUGUCAUCCAGAGGAACUGUGCUGCUUAUCUGAAACUGCGCAACUGGCAGUGGUGGAGAUUGUUUACAAAGGUGAAACCGUUGUUGCAAGUAACUGGCCAGGAAGAGAAACAGAAGCAGAUAGAAGAGGAGUUGAAGAAGGUGAAGGAAACGUAUGACAAACAGAGGUCUGACCAUGAGGAGAUGGAGCGACGCUACGCCCAGACCAUUGCGGAGAAGAAUAUCCUUGCUGAGCAGCUGCAGGCGGAGACGGAGUUGUGCCAGGAGGCGGAAGAGUCUCGAGCUCGAUUAGCGGCAAGAAAAGAAGAACUUGAGGAUAUGCUUCAUGAUUUGGAGGUACGGAUUGAAGAGGAAGAAGACCAGGUCAAUGCUAUGAUUGAAGAUAAAAAGAAAUUUCAACAGACCAUACAGGAUCUAGAGGAUCAACUAGAAGAGGAGGAACAGGCUAGACAGAAGUUACAGCUAGAGAAGGUGACUGCGGACUCGAAGAUAAAGAAGCUGGAAGAGGACCUAGCCGUGCAGGAUGACACGAACCAGCGUAUGAGCAAGGAGAAGAAGCUGAUGGAGGAGCGAAUGAGUGACCUGCAGAACGAGCUGGUGCAGGAGGAGGAGAAGUCGAAACAGCUGGGCAAGCUGAAGAACAAGUACGAGGCCAUCAUAGCUGACCUGGAGGAGCGCCUCCGCAAGGAGCAGCAGGCGCGCCAGGAGCUGGAGAAGAUCCGCCGCCGUCUCGAGAUGGAGCUGGCCGAUGCACGCGAUCAGCUCAAUGAGAAGAGAGAGCAGGUGGAGGAACUGCAGGCCCAGCUUGCCAAGAGGGAGGAAGAGGUGCAACAGGCACUGCAGAAGACUGAUGAAGAAUCUCUGGCGCGGUCCAGUAUUAGUAAACAAGUGCGGGAACUCCAGAACCAGCUGCAAGAGCUGCACGAGGACUUGGACACUGAACGCGAGGCGCGUAACAAGGCGGAGAAACAGAAGCGGGAUCUUAAUGAGGAACUUGAAGCUCUGAAAACUGAAUUUGAAGAGUCUUUGGACACAACUGCUGCUGUGACCGAAUUGCGAAACAAGCGUGAACAGGAGGUGAUGGAGUUGAAGAAGACUGAGGAACUGGAAAGACGUAAACAUGAAGAGCAGAUACAGGAGACCCGGCAGAAAUACCAGGGACAGGUGGAACAGCUGAACGAAGAGCUAGAGAACCUAAGAAAGAGCAAAAACAGUCUGGAGAAGAUGAAGAACACGCUGGAAGCUGAAAAUCAAGAUCUGGCAAGCGACUUGAAACAGGUCCAGCUUGCCAAACAGGAAUCUGAACGCAAGCGAAAAGCUGGGGAUCAACAGAUUCAGGAGCUUACAAUUCGUCUGCAAGAGCUGGAUCGGAACAAAGGAGAGGUUUCCGACAAAGUGUCGAAAAUGCAAACAGAGUUGGAGCAGACGUCGAGCCAGCUGGAGGUGGCCGACACGAAGGCGCUGCAGCUGUCUCAGAAGGUGUCCUCACUGGAGGCCCAGCUGGCAGACAACCAAGACGUACUGCAGGAGGAGACCAGGCAGAAGUUGGCCGCACAGUCGAAGCUCAGACAGGCCUUGGACGAUCGUGAUUCUAUGGCUGAACGUCUCGAGGAAGAAGAGGAAAACAAGAAGACAUUGCAGAAGCAACUUGCUGACCUCAAUCAAAAGAUUGUGGAGGUGAAGAAGAAGGCAGAGGCUGAUGCUGCUAACAAUGAGGCCCUGGAGGAGUUCAAGAAGAAGGCGGCACGUGACAUGGACAACAUCAUGGCACAGCUGGAGGAAGCACAUGCUCAGAAUGAACGCGUUGACAAAUCGCGCAAGAAGCUGCAAGCUGAGGUGGAAGAUUUAACUAAUGAGUUGCAAAACCAUCGUUCUAAUGUCAGCCAGAUGGAGAAGAAACAGAGGAAGUUUGAUCAGAUGUUGGCUGAAGAGAAGGCCAUUUCUGAAAGACUUGGAAUAGAACGAGAUAACAUUGAGAGAGAAAGUCGGGAGAAAGAGACUAAGAUUCUGAACAUGAACCGUGACCUGGAAGAUAUACGAGACAGACUGGAACAGUCGGAGCGCCAGCGUCAGUCACAGGCCAGGGAGUUGGAUGAUCUUGUGGCCUCUAGAGACGGAGUUGGCAAAAGUGUUCAUGACCUUGAGAAGGCUAAGCGUGCCCUUGAGCAGCAGGUAGAGGAGCAGCGCACUCAGAUCGAGGAGCUGGAGGACGAGCUGCAGGCAACGGAGGAUGCCAAACUCCGCCUGGAAGUGAACAUGCAGGCACUGAAGGCUCAGUACGACCGCGACAUGCAGGGUCGCGAAGACCUCGUUGAAGAAGCAAAGAAAACACUCUUUAGACAGCUGCGUGAGAUGGAAGCUGAACUUGAGGAUGAGCGCAAGCAGCGUGCGGCAGCAGUGAGUGCGCGUAACAAACUGCUGGGUGACCUGAAGGAGAUGGAGGGCCAGCUGGAGAUGGCCAACAAGGUGAAGGAGGAUGCGGUCAAGCAGUACAAGCGCAUCCAGGCCCAGAUGAAGGAACUUCAGCGCGAACUCGACGACGCCAGGCUGGCCCGCGACGAAAUGGUACAGUCCUUCAAGGACAAUGAAAAGAAGACAAAAAAUCUGGAGGCCGAGUUGCUGAGGCUGCAGGAAGAGCUGGCGGCUGCAGAACGGGCUAGGCGUGCCGCUGAGAAUGAUCGGGACGAACUCGCAGAGGAAAUAACUGGAUUCGCCAAUGCUAAGCUUGCACUCAUAGAGGAAAAACGUCGCCUUGAGUCACGCAUCAAUGAACUCGAAGAUGAACUUGAGGAUGAAAACACCAAUGCUGAGUUGGCAGCUGACAAAGCACGCAAAGCAGUGUUAGCGAUGGAUCAGAUGAGUACCGAGCUGGCAUCCGAGCGAUCCGUGUCUCAGAAGCUUGAGAAUCAGAAACUGGCAUUGGAGCGCCAGAACAAGGAAAUGCGAGACAAGCUGGCCGAGCUAGAGGGCCAGAGUCGAGCUCGCACCAAGGCGAUCAUCGCGGCUCUCGAGAGCAAGGUGGUGAACCUGGAGGAGCAGCUGGAGAUAGAGGCAAAGGAGCGUUCAAUGCUGCAGCGCACAAGUCGCAAACUGGAGAAGAAACUCAAGGAACUUGUACUACAAGCCGAGGAUGAGCGUCGCCAUGCCGAUCAGUACAAGGAACAGGUUGACAAGAUGACGAACCGGGUGAAAGCUUUGAAACGUCAGGUGGAUGAGGGAGAGGAAGAGAUAGCGCGUCUGAAUGCACAGAAACGCAAACUGCAGCGCGAUAUUGAUGAACAGCUGGAGGCUAAUGAAGUUGUAACCAGAGAAGUUAAUCAAUUAAGGAAAUUCAGACCAUCCACUGCGACCAGUAGAUCUGCACGUGGGCUCAUAGCAUCAAUAAGGAGUCAGGCGGCAGAGGAGGAAGAUGGGCCAGAAGAUGCAGAGCAGAACCAAGCAGAAACCUGAACAUUAACACCAUAACCAGUCAAAAGCCUGCAUCUGUAUAUCAGAAUUCAACCAAUCAGAAACCUUUUCAGAACCAGCAUAGUUCAUACAUACAUAUUAUAUAUAUAUAUAUAUUAAACUGAUGUUAGCGAUGUAAGUGCUGGCACACUGUAGUUGUCUAUAUUAUGCAUCAUAUUUGCUAUUAUGUUAUGCUACAACCAAUGAACCAUGACAGGUUUUUCUUGGUUGCAGUGCUGCUGUUAGGAAACUUAUACAUUCUAGUUAAUCUUUUCAUUGCUAUAUAAAAUACAAUUUUGUUGAUUAUUUUUUUAAUGCUGUGCUUAUUUUUACAUACUAGGCAUUUUUUGGAUCUUGUAUCUGCAGACAUCAGUGUGAAGGCUUCCAUCUGGGACUGUUAUACAAACUAUAACAUUCUGCACAAUUGUGUUGUAUUUGGUGCUGUUUCCAACAUAUCAAAUGAAAUAUCAAAAAACUUGCCAUUAGCUGUUUACCAGUGAAAAAAAAAAAAAACCUUCAGCUGUUUGGCGUAUAUUUUAUAAUAAUUUUGGUAUAUAUAGGGAAUUUGUGCAGGAGGAAAAGUGAUAUCAGAGAAAUGUAAAAAAUAUAGGGUGCUGUUACCUGACCAUUCCAAUUGCAGUCUAGCUUGAUAUUUCAGUUUUACAUUGUUACUUUGUUUUUUUCCCACUGUUGCAAAACCAGCAGUGAAUUUCUUACUUCAGUAAUCUCCUUGUCUUCUCAUUUUGCAAAAUACAUACUGAUUUCAGUCUCAAAUUUAAUCUGUCAUUUAGAUGUUCAUAAUUAUAAAACCCAGGUUUUUUAUUUUAAAAAUAAAUUCUACCGACUAGGCUUGACAUAUUUUUAUGAGUCGGUAAAUUACAUAAUGUUAAACAUAACUAGUUUAAUUGCCCUAGUAUUUGUUGGUUAACAUUUGAAAUUGAAUUCUAACGAUGCAAAAUGCAUUAUCACCACCUCUGAUAUCAGUGUAACCACACCAACAAGAUAGUAUCCGUGUGUGUGUACUUAAAUUGACAGGAUACAAAAAAUUAUCUUUUUCUUUUUUUCUUUUUUUUUAAAAAUGAUAUAAAGGAUUAUUGAAUUCAUAAAAAGCUUUGUAAAGUUAAACAAAUGAAUGUACAAAUAGUUCUUGAAUUGUGGAAUGUUUAUGUUUGAGAAAGUAUUAAAACCAUCUUUUUGAAUUUCUCAAGAGUGACAUCUAUACAAUUGAAUGAGGGGCUCUUCAUCGCAAUUGGUAAAAGACUUUAAAAAUGUCCAAUGUUGCUUCAGGUGUAUAUAUCCUGAUUUAUUUAGCCAUUAUUAGGUGUUAUACUUCCUACCUGUUGUAUAGUCUUUGUAAUUGUUUUGUUUUUAAUUUCUCACUGUAAUGUAUUAGUAAUGAAAAUGGAAUAUUGGCAUGGUAUCUGUUGCCUUAAUCACCAGUGCAGUCUUUCGGAACGUUGAAACAUUUUCUUUUUAAAUGUCUCAUUCUUCAACGGGUCACACAGGGAUCGUUUUUAUAUUUUAUAUAAUAUACGUAUAUUGAAAAAGUAAGAAAAUUUACAUUUUAAAAUAAAUGAUGGUUUAAUGUUUUUGUUAACAUGAACAUUGGUCAGAUCCUUGGAUCAAAUCUUAUAACCUCAUCAACAUAUUCCACUGCUUGCAAAACAUCUUUUAGAUGUUCAGAUUCAGAUCAGCCACACAUUGAUCCUGUAAUAGUAUGGAAUUAGUAUAAUACUAUUGUGGAUAAUUUAACAGUCCAGAAAAUGCAAGAUGGUCAUUCACUUUUUCAGAAUUUUGACGUAAAGUGACAUUUGUUUUUCUAUUACAAUUUUUUUUCCCCCCUCCCAUUUUCUUUUUUCAAAUAUUCAAUACCAUCCAUUUAUAGCAGGCAAACAAACUAUGCUUUGUUUUGCAAGAGACAGGUGAGGUUUAAUCAUUAAAGUGGAGGACACUACCAUGUAGUAAUAAUAUUUAAAGAGUUGGCCAGUAGAAGAUGCACUUAUUCAAAAUUUGGAUGCAGUGCAUUAAAAAUUACACAUGCUUUGAAACAGUGGUUGUGUAAUUUUAUUAUAUGGCGACACUGUUACGGACUGAAAAUUGCAUAAUAAAACCAGUUAAAACUACAGUAUGAGGAGUGAAAUGCUGGAAUAUUUAUUAACACUUGUUUCUUACUUGUUCUGUGUUUCCUGUAGUGGCUUGUACAUGGACAGAUUAUUGUUUCACCGAGAAUAUUUUCUCUUUUUUAUUUUCUUUCUAUAAGUCUUUGUCUCUUUUAAUGGCUGUAGUCUAACGUGCUGGGCUGGCAUUAAACAUUCCUCUGUUGUUUUCACAAUUUCUUUCUCUUUUUUUUUUCUCUUUUUUUAAAAGGUAUUUGCUAUAUGGUAAUCAUUCUUUAAAAUAAUUAUCCAUUUUGAUGCUUUUGUUUUUGAGAAGAUUAAUUUUUAUUAAAAUAAUAAAAUAUAACCUAUUAGCAGUAUGUAUUAUUAUUUAAUAGUGCUUAUACACACUAACUUGUUUGUAACUAAAUGACACAAAAUGUGAUUGCAAUUCUCAGUUGCCACUAUUGUAAGGUAGACAAUUAUGCAUUUUUGUUCCAGUUUUGCUGUCUCUGUUUCUCUGUUGUACUGUGAGUUAACUCAUUAUUAUUAAGUAAGUCGAUCCCUGGAAAAUAACAGCCCUCCAUCUACUAAUCAUGGAUGCAAUUUGGUGUUGUCGUGAUUGGGUAUAUUUGUCAAAUCUAUAGUCCAUUUGUUAUGUCCAUAGUAUGUCAGCCUUUAUGUGUGGGUGGGAUCUUGUUUUUUUUCUCAGCAAGUUUUAAAAAUACAAAAUGUAUUAUUUUUGCUGUAAUUUGAAAAUGUUUUGUUUAAAUAAAGCAGUUUUUUAUUGUAAUAAAUGCAUCUUUCAUGUAAAAAUCAAAAAUCGUAGUGGUCACUCAUUUUAUUAGGACCACAAAUGCAAGUGUAGUUUUUAACAUGUUUUAUAUAUAUAUAUAUAUAUAUAUAUAUAUAUAUAUAUAUAUAUAUAUAUAUAUAUAUAUAUAUAUAUAACUUUCAGAAUAGUAUUUGAAGUAAUUGUAAUAUUUAAAAAAAAGGAUAUAACUUUUUACAUCUAUACAAUAUGGAGUAAUUAAAAUUAAAAUAAUCAGUAUCUACUGAAGAAAAACAUAUUUGGGACCUCAGAUUUUCUUUUUAUAUAAUACUUAAUUGUUUUAAAGUCGGAAUAAUUAAAUAGACAAAACAUUCCAAGUUUUAUGUGCUUAAAUUAAUAAGUAAAAAUUGCUUUUCUUUUUUUUCUUCUUCUUAAGGUCAUAUUAUGGUUAUAGUUGUCAGUACAUCCAUCCAUAAACUUUUUGUUUCUGGAGCACAUCUAUCUUAUCAAUUCAUAUAGGAUCAUCAAACCUUGUAUGCAAGUACAAUUUGGGAUGGUUGUGUAUUGCAUACCAUAACUAGGUCACUGUGACCUAUUUCAAAUUAAAAGAAAUACUUGUCCAGGCUUUGGAUGGUGGUGUGUUGCAUACCAUAACAAGGUCACCAUGACCUACUUUGACGGGCAUAUGUACCUCAUUGGAAAUGAAGUUGAUUUUUAAUUUUUGGUUUAACUGAAAAAAAUUGCACUGUAGUGGUUGAACAAAAAACUUAACGCAAAAAAAAUUCAAAAAAAUCAAGGGAAUUAGAUUACGGUUUUCAGCAAUAAGAUAUUGGUCAUAAUCUUGUUGUAAUGUUUUCUUAGUUAUAUAAGAGAUGUUUGAUGAAUUUGAAGUGGAACAAUGCUUUUCUGUAAUUGUACAUAGAAAUGUACCUAAUGUGAAAGGAUGGGAUGAGAAAAAAACUACAUAUUUUUGUAUAUUUUUACGGAAAAGAGUUGAUGGUAGUUACAGAAUUUAUAGCUACAGUGAUGGGAACAAAUGCUGUUUGUGUUCUUGAUGGAGAAAGGCUGAUGUCACAUGUGAUACUUGAAUGCUUUUCACAAAGAAUGGGAUCAAAUUGUUACAGUAUAUCAUAUAUAUUUUGAUGAUAAAACCUAGUAUAAUUAUAGCUAUGAUUAUGCAUUUAUUUACGAACAAUUGUAUAUCUGUUUUGAAAUUGAUGGAUUCUAGCAAUCAUAUACGCUUGGCUGACAUAAAAAAAAAAUUGAAUAAAUGAUUUAAAAAAAUCA